AUGGCCUCGUCCCGCCCCGCCGUCGUCCUCCAUACGACCCCGCCGCUGGCGCCGUUGCCCGCCAGCGACGCCGAGAGCAUCCGGCUCCUGUGCACCCUCCGCCUGGGCGGUGUGCGUGCCGGUGUCGAGACGGCCGAGUGGUCUGCGAACGGCAAGCCCUUUGUGACGCUCAACGGCGUCGGCCUGCGUGCGCGCUACUUCCCCUCGCUGCCAAACUACACUCCGCUCGACGCGCGCCUGUCAGACACACAGCGCGCCGACGCCGCCGAGUGGACGGCCUUCAUCGACGGCCAGGUCACCGACCUCGUCAACCACUCGCUCUACUCCCUGCCGGCCAACUAUGCGCUGGUCCUGCGCGCCCAGCUGGCCGCGCUGAGUUUCCCGCAAUCGCACUAUGUGCCCCAGCGUAUUCUGGGAGUGCACGCGGCGCGCCUGCGCGCCGUGGGCCUGUGGGGCGUGGGCGGCGGCGGCGACGACGAGAACACCCCCGCCGAGCCGGGACUGCAGCCCGACAAGACGCCGCUCGAGGACGCCGUCGUCGUCGCGCCGGGCGGGACGCGCGCGCCGCGCGCGUGGAGCGGCUGGAACGCCGGCGUCGAGGCCGCAGAGCGCAAGCGCAAGUUUGGCGAGGAGAAGAUCCGCCAGCGUGCGCGGGCAGCCUUUGACCCGCUGGCACGCAAGCUUGGAGCUGGCAUGUACUUUUUCGGCAGCCGCCCGUCGUCCUUGGACAUUGCGCUGUUCGCGCAGCUCGCCCUCGUCCUGGACACGUCGCUCCCGGCCCCGCUCCUCUGCGACCUGCUGCUGGACGAGUACCCGACCCUCGUGUCGCACCACGAGCGCAUGCUCGAGGCCUUCCCAGACGGGUGGAAGGGCGUGCAGCGCCUGCCGGCCCCGCCUGCGCCGACGCUGUGGUCGACGCUGUCCGGCGCGCUGCCGUGGUCCUCGGCCUCGUCGUCCUCCGCGUCGGUGCCGGCGAGCACCGACGGUGAGAGCAAGUCCAAGGACGAGCGACGCAAGGAGGCCGCGCAGCUGCGUAAAUUCCGGUACGCCCGCUGGGCGUGGUUUGCCGGCGCGGGCCUCGCGCUCGUGACGUACGUGCUGGCGUCGGGCCUGGUGGAUAUCUCGUUUGACGAUGUCAAUGAGGAGGAUGAGGAUGACGAGGAAGAGGAGGACGAGUGGGUCGUGGAGGAGGAAGUUGACGGCGAAGGGGAGGGGGAAGGUGGGCAGGCGCCGACGGACCUGUACGCCUUUAUGGGUUAUAGGGGUGGCGGCUUGCCUGUGGCAGACGACGACGAUGAGGAGGAGGAGACAGCAGCCGAAUAG